AUGGCUCGCAUACACAAUGUGACUGAAUUCAUUUUCCUAGGACUUUCUCCCAGCCGGGAGGUGCAGAAAGUUUGUUUUGUGCUAUUUCUGCUUUUGUACACAGCAGUUGUGCUGGGGAAUUCCCUCAUUGUGCUCACUGUCAUGACCAGCAGAAGUCUUGGUUCUCCCAUGUACUUCUUCCUCAGCUGCCUGUCCUUUGUGGAGAUCUGCUACUCCUCUACUACAGCCCCCAAACUCAUCUCAGAUUUGCUGGCUGAAAGGAAAGCAAUAUCACUGUGGGGCUGCAUGACACAGCUUUUCUUUAUGCACUUCUUCGGUGGUGCUGAGAUCUUCCUGCUCACUGUGAUGGCCUAUGACCGCUAUGUGGCCAUCUGUAGGCCCCUCAACUACAGGACUAUCAUGAACCGGCAAGUGUGUGCUGUCCUGGUGGGAGUAGCAUGGGCGGGGGGCUUUGUGCAUUCCUUUGCCCAAAUCCUCCUGCUCUUCCACUUGCCCUUCUGUGGCCCCAAUGUGAUUGACCACUAUUUCUGUGACCUGCUUCCCCUGCUCAAACUUGCCUGCUCUGACACCUUCCUCGUCGGUCUGCUGAUUGUUGCCAACGGGGGGACCUUGUCUGUGAUCAGCUUUGGGAUCAUCUUAGCCUCCUAUGUGGUCAUUUUACUCCAUCUGAGGACUCGAAGCUCUGAGGGGCGGAGUAAAGCCCUCUCCACCUGUGGGUCCCACAUCACCGUGGUUACCUUAUUCUUUGGGCCCUGCAUCUUCAUCUAUAUGAGGCCUUCCACCACCUUGUCUGUAGACAAGAUGGUGGCCGUGUUCUACACUGUCAUCACACCGCUCCUCAACCCUGUCAUCUACUCCCUGAGAAAUGCUCAAGUGAAGAAGGCCAUGAAGAAACUGUGGAUCAGGACAAUGAAGCGAGAUGAGAAAUAGAGGCUGACUCUUGGUAUUGAUCCUUGGGUUUAGAAUGAUGCUGCGUCCAAACUGAAGGGGCAGAAUGGGGUGAAGGAAAGGUCACAGCACUUGUUAUUUCUGGAGUAAUUCUAAUGGUCUCAUCUCCAAACACUGUAUUCAAAUGACCUGUGAGAUAGUUCCUCUUAUGGAUAUAUCUAUAACUUGAUUGCCCAUUUUCUGUUAGAUGUUUAGAUUGUUUCUAAUUUUUUUAUUGCUAUAAAUAACACUGUGUUAAGUAUUCUUGAAUGGAAAUCUUUAUACUUCUGAAAUUCCGUUUGACUCACUUGCUAUAAUGAAUUUACUGUGUUAAAAGGGAUAAUGACCUUGAUGUAUAGUGUUAAAUUGAUUCUUAGAAAGA